AUGUCAACUUGGAGAGCAUUGAUUUCCCCAACUAAAAAUAUUUCCCUUUAAAGUUCUCAUAAAGAAUCUUUGGAUAAUCGGACAGUCUCAAAAAUCAAAUCUAGGCAUACUAAAAGAAUUACUUAAAGCAUAAAUCUAUCUUAAUAUAAACCAACUAUCAAGAGAGAGUAUUCAAAAUCUAUUGAUUGUGAUUAAGCAUUUAUUCAAUCAUCUUCUAAAGAUUUCUUAGCUGUAUUAAUUAUUUUUAAUUUUUCAGAAUUUUAAUGUAAUCAAUGACAAUAAUCAAUUUAGAGAAAUCAAGCAAAUUUUGAUCUAAAACUAGACAAAUUUAAAAUCAUUACACUAAGACAUCAAUACAUUUGAUUAUAAUUAAAGGCAAAUUUAAGCAUUAUAAAAAUAAAUACUUCAUUAAACAAGUAAGUAUCAUUAAUCUAUAAACGCAAAAAUAAAUACAUGCCAAAAAUAAAUAUAAGAUAUAUAAUUAUUACUUUUGAGUAAAAAAUGA